AUGGUCAAUCGCCGUUUUACUCAGGUAGCCACCAGCGACGACGACGAAGACGAAGCCCCACCGCCACCUCAGCAACAUUCCAAGCUACGCAAACGGAAGAGAAUGAAGCUUCUAGAAGAAGAAGAAGAAGACAACGACAAUAGCGAUAACAGUAACGAUAAAGUUGAGGAGAAGGAAGAGGAGAAAAAGGAUCCGCCUCAGACUCCAGAUGAUGCUAAACCAAUUGGUGAUCCUCUUAGGGUUUCCGGGAAAGGAAGAGGGAGGAAGAGACAUUACGAAUCCUUCGAAUUCGAUGGCAACCAAUACUAUCUCGAGGAUCCUGUUCUUCUUGUGCCUGAGGAUAAAGAACAAAAGCCCUAUGUUGCCAUAAUUAAAGACAUUAUACAGUACUUUAGUGGCAGUAUAAUGGUGGCGGGACAGUGGUUUUAUCGUCCUGAAGAAGCUGAAAAAAAAGGUGGUGGCAGCUGGAAAUCGUGUGAUACAAGAGAGCUUUUUUAUAGUUUCCACCGGGAUGAGGUUCCUGCAGAGUCUGUUAUGCACAAGUGUGUGGUGCACUUUGUUCCCUUAAAUAAACAGUUUCCGAAACGUAAGCAACAUCCUGGCUUUAUUGUACAAAAGGUGUAUGACACUUUGGAAAGGAAACUCUGGAAGCUGACUGAUAAGGACUUUGAAGAUGUUAAACAGCAAGAAAUCGACGAGCUUGUUCAGAAAACUCAGAAACGCAUCGGCGAGUUACUUGACAUUGAGCCUGAAGAAUCCCCUCCUAUUGAUCAGGAGGAGGUGAUGAAAAAUAAAAGAAGCUCAAGAAGAAAAAGCAUUUCACCCAUUGACGUUUCAAGGGACGAGGAAGGAAUUUCAAAGAGUGACCAACAUUCAAAGCCCGAAACACCAAUGAGUUGUGUAAAUAAUAACUCGGAGCAUCAUCACAUAUUAGUGAAUUUCAAUGCACUUACUGGGAACAUACAUCGUGACAAAUGGUUGGAGAGGCUGCUUCAACAUGUUCAGUAUAUGUGUAAUUAUGAUGAGGGUGUAGAAAAGGGAAAGGGAUCAGGAAAUACCGAUUCUGAUGAAAUCAAAAACAAAAACAAUGAUAAAACUUCAGAAAUAGCAAAUGACCGUCAGGACACGGGUCAGAAGAGUUCCGAGUCUUUUGUGUGGCCAGAUGCUGCUGUUUCAGCCAUAGUUGCUCUUGAGAAAGCUUCCAAUGAGGCCCUUUCAACAGACUUUCAAAAGUACAACCAAAAGCUACGGCAAUUGGAUUUUAAUCUCAAGAACAACGCAUUGCUAGCACGCCGUCUGCUAAAUGGAGAGUUGGAACCUUCUAAAAUUUUGAAUAUGACACCCAUUGAAUUAAAGGAGGGUUUGACUGCUGAGGAGUUAACCAAGAAGGAGCCUGAUGAGAAACAGCACAUGCAAAUGACAGAUGCCCGCUGCUCAAGAUGCAUGGAGUUUAAGGUCGGCUUGAGGGAGAUCAUCCACGCCGGACACGAUGACCGUUAUCAGCUGGAAUGCUCUGCCUGUGGUAAUUCCUGGUAUGCCUCCCGGGAUGAAGUGUCCACACUGACUAUAGAUGCAUCGGACUCAAAGAGAAGCACAGACACAGCACCAUCGGCCACAGCAAAAUUUGAAGAUGUUCAGAAGAAGCUGGCGAGCCCCCGUGAAUCUGAAAUCGCAGUUGAUGACAUCUCUAAGAAAACAGGUGAACCUCAUGUGCCUGUUUUGGACACCCAGAAAUCAUUAGGCAAGUCUAAGAAAGAUGACAACGUUGAGACCAAAAAACUUGUUGAUAAGGAAUGA